AGGGAAUAAGUGGGAGUGGGUGCGGAGAGGGGACGCCAGUACGGAGGAUUCAGUCGGAUAAGUAACUCGUCCUGCAGUCACCGAGAAACGAAAGCGCAUCCUUCCAGAGGUCCGCUGCACCUGCUCCAACUUACUGCCACUCGGCACAACCUCCUCCUCCAUGUCCAGCGGCCCAACGAUGGAACACUCUCUUCUGCCUCGGUCCAUGUGGACUGGUGACAGUAAAUUCCUCCAGCAUCCAGCGGAUCUCUACACCAGUGUGGUCGUUACGCGCAGCAUCCCUGCAGGCACGUGCUUUGGUCCAUGCGUGCUCCAAAACACUUUCUAUGACACCAUCGCCUUCAUAGCGCAGAAAUCCUGCGACAAGAGAACUAAAUCCUAUGUGUUUCGGGUGGACCCUGAGGCCAUGCGUAAUUCUGCACUGCUGAUGUCGUGGUUGCGGCUAGUGCAGGCUGCGCGAAAUGAAGAGGAGCAGAACACUGAGGCCUUUCUGAAAGCGGGUCAGCUGUAUGUACGGACCACCAGGGUCAUCCGGCAGGAGGAAGAGCUGCUGGUGUGGUAUGACCAGGAACUGUCUCACCUGCUGGGCUUCACAGACAUGAGCAGAGGAUCAAGUGAAGACUUCAAAUGUGGAAGAUGUAACCAGUUGUUCAAGAAUGAAUACCCUUUCCUGGCUCACUGCCGAUUCCUGUGUACCCAAGUCAAAAAUGACACCUGGAACCGUGAGGUCUACGAGUAUAAACCCAUGGAAACUAAAAGGCAACACCGUGUAACAGAUUUCCACAACAUAGCCAGAGAUUUGGAGCACAAAAAAUCUGGCAGCAGCGAGGAUGCAGAAAUUUCCCCAAAGAAAAGGAAAUACGAGGAAACAUUUUGUCCCAAAGCUCGGAAAACAGUGUUGUUAGAAAAAACUAAUAUUUCAAAUGAUGCCAACAUUACUCAGCUGAUUAAGGGCUACGAACAAACAGCAGCAGACGCAUCUGGCUCUACUUUAAAAGUCAAGACAGAUAAGACCAAGCCGGAUAAUAUGGGAUGUAAAGCAGAUGUUAUUCCUGAAGCUGAUGAAGCCAAAGGACUUUUUACGCACGGCAGAAAGAUGGACACACUGUCGGAGACGGGGGAGAGCUCUGGUGUGCACUCUAGCAGCAGCAGUGCGUUUUCUCUGGUCAUGUCUAACAGUCAGCCUGAAAUGAAAAGUGCUUUUUGUAAACCGAGCAGAAGAACUUCUCCCAGUGAGGCCACAGCGCACCUCACUAGCGCUACAACAGCCCCCUCUAGCUGCCUCGAGGAAAUAACCGAUGGCUUCACCUCCAGGACUAUUAUGGGAUACAACAACCUGAUGGCAUCCAAUAUCCUGAGCGGUGAUUUACAGACUGUGCCCUCAACCGUUACCUUGAAUGGCGCUUUCCAUUACGCACCGGAGCACUGGUCCAGGAACAUCGGCGCGCAGCUCCAAACCACAUCCUCCCUCACCAUCCUUCCUCCGACUUUCACCUCCUUCGGCGUUUCCGUGCAGAACUGGUGCGCUAAAUGCAACCUGUCCUUCCGCAUGACCUCUGACCUCGUGUUCCACAUGCGCUCCCAUCACAAAAAGGAGUUCGCCGCCGAGUCUCAGGUGAGAAGAAGAAGGGAGGAGAAACUCACCUGUCCGAUCUGCCAUGAGUACUUCCGGGAGCGGCAUCACCUGUCCAGACACAUGACCUCCCAUAACUGAUGAGGAACCAAACGGACAAAACUGUAUUUAUUCCACACAUGACGCUAUAUUUAACAAGAUUAGACGUAAAAUUCACGACAGGACAUUGGUGUGUAACAGUGAAUGUAGGUAGAUGUAAAGAAAAAUGUAAAACGGACAAACACGGACAUCACAGCUUGUCCACUAGAUGACGAUAGAGGUACGUGUAAGCUUAUCUUAACUGCAGUUGUCUGUCAUUUAGUCCAGUAUGUUCGGCUGAUGAUUAUUUGUGCCUUACGGAACUCAGGAUGGACCAGGACUGAGUGAUCUUGAGGACAGCUCAUGAUUGUCGUAAAUAUCUUGACGCGAUCUUAUUUAACAGCUUAUCCCUUAUAUGCUUUGUACAGGCGAUGGUUGAGUGUGUUUGCGCACUCGUGUUCCAAACUAAAAUAAUGAAAAUGAAAACAAUGUGUCGGGU